CUGUCCAAUCCCUUCCCCCAUGUGACCCCACACUGCACAAACCCAUAGAUAUAGAUAGAUGUAUAGAUAUAGUUAUAUCUAAAACAAUAAUAAUAUUAUUAUUAUUGCCUUAAACUAUUAUUAUUUAUUAUUGGGAUCUGUAAAUGAUCAAUGUUCUUGUCGUUCCCAUUGUGUUUGUUUGUUUGUUCUCAUUUCCCAACUCUCUCUUGGUUUCACUAUCCUCUUCAUUCCCUUGUUAUUAAUAUUUAUAACACCCUUUCUCACAAGUUUCUAAUCUUUGUUAUUGCUUCUUCUUCUCGAAACUGUACGUCUAUAGCUACUAUACAAUAUUUCUGGAGAACUGGGUCUUCUUGUAGAUAUUUUUAUAGCUUCUGGGUUGGUUCAAGUUUGAAUUUUUAUCAUCAUCAUCAUCUUCAUCUUCUUCUUUAUUUUUUUUUUCCGGUUCUGUCUAUUAUUGUAGUGAUGGCACAGUUACCACCUAAAAUUCCAAACAUGACAUUACCCAAUUGGCCCGACGUCGUUUCGCACGGGAAGCUUCCAUCUUUAGCCACGAAUCCAUCUUGGGUUGACGAAUUCCUAGAUUUCUCCACGGCCAGGCGAGGCUCCCACAGGAGAUCGGUAAGCGAUUCCAUCACUUUUCUUGAGACGCCAAUGCUGGACGAGUGCCGUGGCGGCGGAGGAGGCGGCUCGGGGGCUGCGCCGCCGCAGGGAAGAGCAACGCUUCCCGGAAGUGGCGGCGGUGGUGGUAGUGGUGGCAAUAACAAUGAUCAUGGAGAGUUCGAUAGAUUUGACGACGAACAGUUCAUGUCGAUGUUCAACGACGAAAUGGCUUCGAUGGCCGUGGCGGGGCCCAACGUGUCGUCCUCGAACCCUUCGACGCCGUCCGAUCAUAACAGCAUCAACGACGAGAAGGAAAUGCAGCUGGAUCGGAGUAGUAGUAAGCAACAGCAGGUCAAGAAUGAAUCGGAAGAAGUUGAUAGCCAAUGCAACUCCGACUCGCAACCCAACCCGACUGGGACAACGACAACCAACGCUGCAAACGACAGAGUAAUUGAUCCUAAAAGGGUCAAGAGAAUCUUGGCGAACAGACAAUCCGCACAGAGAUCACGGGUCAGAAAGCUACAGUACAUCUCAGAGCUUGAACGCAGUGUUACUUCCUUGCAAGCUGAAGUUUCAGUACUUUCACCGCGAGUUGCGUUUUUGGAUCAUCAACGCUUGCUUCUUAAUGUUGACAACAGUGCUCUUAAACAAAGAAUCGCUGCUUUGGCUCAGGAUAAGAUUUUCAAAGAUGCUCAUCAAGAAGCACUAAAGAGGGAAAUAGAGAGACUGAGGCAAGUAUAUCACCAACAAAAUAUGAAGAAGAUGGAAAAUAAUGUUGGUCAAUCACAAUCGUCAAUGGGGGACACUACCAAAUCUCCAAUUGAUAAAAAUGAUCAGCAGCUUCUCAAUGUUUCUUCAUAACCUUCUACUGUAUUAUCGUUAUUAUUAUGGUCAAAACUCAAAAGCUACGUAUGGAUAAGUUAGAACUUUUAUACACUAAAAGUGGGGGGGAAAGUGAAGCAAGUGAUCAUCAAUUUCGAUGAUUUUCUCAGUAGAUUUAGUAAAGUAUAUACUACUGCUGCAACAGCAACAGCAACAGCAACAAGUGUUUGAUUCAGAAGAAUUGCUUAUUAUUAGCCAGUUUUCCUGAUCUGAACAAUGUGAAGAGAGAGAGAGAAAGAAAGAGUUGAAAGUGUACCUUACCUAAUCAGACACCAAAGAACAGACACAUGAACUUGGGUGCUCUCUGCUGUUGACCUGUGCCAUCACGUGAUAUGUUUUUACCUUUUAAGAAGGGACCACUUGGUGAUUACAUGAUUGGAUUACAGGAAAGAACAUGUGCAUGCAGUAGUAGUUGAGUGUUUUUUAAAAAAAAAAAAAAUUAUUAUUAUAUAUAUAUAUAAAAAAAGAUUGUCUUUGUUAGCUAGCUAGCUUUAUUAACUGAUUAGGGGGAGGGGUGUGGUUGAUUCUUUUAAUUUAUAUAUUUUUCUUCUUGCACAUUGAUUCUUUAAUUUGUAUUUUGUAUGAAUUAAUUUAAAGGGUUUGGUUGGA